AUGUUUGUCUACUUCGCGCUUCUGGCCACCCUUGUGGGGUUGGCCCAUGGCCAGUGUAGUGUCAAUAUCCGGACGAACCUGAACGCGUUGGAGCCUCUGUUCCUGCGCAACAAUCAGCUGUGGGCCCCGGAUGGACCGGCUUUGCAGUGGAACGCUGGCGAGUCGACCCUCAUCGCCUGUCCGGGAAAUAAUAUUGUCAACACUGGAAGUCCAACGGCGACCAUUACCUGCGUGUCCGGUACUACUUUUACCCUUAACGGGCAGAGUGUGAACAUUGCCAACGUUGCUUGCCAGUCCCGUACGACGGGUCAUCUGCAGAACACCGGUCAGAGCUGUGGUGGUGCUGGUACUUUGCUGAACUUGGGCUUCGAGGUGCCUUCGGUCGGUUUUGUGACGUACAUUCAGUCGUGUUAUAACAUGCAAACGGCUUCCGUCAUCUACACUCGCCAUGUGAUCCCUGGUACUGCUAUUAACCAUAGCAUCAGUGAAUCGUAUCGUCCGUCGUUCAAGACUGUAGGCACGGCAUCGCACGUUGCCCCGGCAACCUCCUACACCACGGCUCAGCAGGCCAUUCGUUUUGCCCAGCUGCUUGGAUCGCAGGCUCAGGCGGAUCGCUUCAUCACCACUAGCUCCUACCUGUCCCGUGGCCAUCUGUCCCCCGAUGCGGACGGUAUCUUCCGGCCCUGGCAGUGGGCCACCUACUUCUACGUUAACGUGGCACCUCAGUGGCAGGCCACUAAUGCGGGCAACUGGUUGGUUGUGGAGAACGCCGCCCGUACCGUAUCUGGCCGGCUUAAUGAGGACGUGCUGAUCUUCAACGGUGCGCACGAUAUUCUAACGCUACCGCACGUCAACGGACAGCAGGUUCCGAUCACACUCGAGGCUGGCGGUAUCCAGACGCCCAAGUGGUACUGGAAGAUCAUCAAGUCGCCGCGUACGAACGCCGCCAUUGCGCUGGUCAACAACAACGAUCCGUUCCGCACGAGCAUGCCAGCCGGAGAGAUGCUGUGCCAGGACGUUUGCGGUCAGUACGGCUGGUCCAACGCGAACUAUGGCAACUUUGCACGAGGCUACACCUACUGCUGCACCGUUGCAGACCUGCGUCGGGCCAUCCCCAGCAUUCCGGCCGAAGCUGAUGCAGCGAACGUGUUGCGCUAUUAA